AUGCAGCAAAAGACAGCAACGACACUCCCGCUAGCGGUCGAGCGGCAGCCGAAGCGCGUCGCGAGUCGCCUUCGGUCAGCAUGUCUGCUUCUUCCGCUGGCAGUGGCGGCUUAUCUGAUCGCUCCCUACGGCAUCCGGCCCUUCACCUCGAUAGAGGUGCUCCCGGCGGAGUCGCUUUGCAUCCAGCCGCCCGCUCUCUUCCCGAGCCAGCAAGACAAGAAGCUGGAAGAGGCUUUUGGGCACAUAUCUAGCGAAGCAUUCCGCAAUCUCAGCGUCGCGCAUCUGUCGGGUGCUGUCCAGAUCAAGACGGAAUCAUUCGACGAUCUCGGACCCAUAGGCGAGGAUGCCCGAUGGGACGUCUUCGUCGGCUUCCAUGCCUAUCUCGAGAAGACCUUCCCGCUCCUGCACGAGCGGCUGCAGGUCGACAAGGUGAACACGCACGGGCUGCUGUACACGUGGCCGGGCAGCGAUGCCGCCCUCAAGCCGUCGCUGCUGAUGGCCCACCAAGACACCGUCCCGGUGCCGCUGGAGACACUGGACGCCUGGACGCAUCCACCCUGGAGUGGUGCCUAUGAUGGUCGCUUUGUCUGGGGCCGCGGCUCUAGCGACUGCAAGGACCAGCUGAUCGCCGUGCUCGAGGCCACUGAGCUGCUGCUGCAGGCUGGCUUCCAGCCGCGACGCACGAUCCUGCUCGCCUUCGGUUUCGAUGAGGAGACAUUUGGCUUCCAUGGCGCUGGAAACCUGUCAGCCGUCAUCCGCGACCGCUAUAGCCACAGCGGCGGCCUCGCCGCCAUCAUCGACGAGGGCGCCAACUUCGAGCAGGCCUGGGGCACCCUGUUUGCCAAGCCGGGCACGGCCGAGAAGGGCCUGACCAACGUCGAGGUCGUCGUUCGCACGCCCGGUGGCCACUCGUCUAUUCCGCAGGACCACACCAGCAUCGGCAUCCUCAGCGAGCUCAUCACCCGCAUCGAGGCCUCCCAGUAUCGCACCCGUCUGGACGAGCAGAACCCCUACUACACGCAGCUGCAGUGCGGUGCCGCUCACGCUCCCGACUUCCCGCACAAGCUCAAGAGGCUGCUUGCCAAGCGUACUUCCCACAAAGGUAGUGAUCACGGCAGCUGCAGCAAGAAGCCCGACUACCUCGCACUCGAGGCUGCCAAGCAGGGCCCCCAGAUCAAAUACCUCUUGCAGACCUCACAGGCCGUCGACAUCAUCUCGGGCGGCGUCAAGGUCAAUGCCCUCCCGGAGCGCGUCAAGGCUGUCAUCAACCACCGCAUCAACGUUGGCGAGACCUCGGACGUCGUCUAUGACCAUUUGACUGCCGUCGCCGGAAAGGUGGCCAGCAAGUACAACCUGACGCUCCACGCUUUUGACGGAAAGGAAGAGCCUUCGUCCAUCAUCCUUUCGAGUCCCACCCGACUUGAUCCCUCGCCGGUCUCUCCGGCCGACGGCUCCGUUCACGGUCCGUUCUCCAUUCUCGCUGGCAGCAUUCGUGCUAUCUACGGCGAGGAGGUUGUCGUCACCCCCGGAAUCAUGACGGGAAACACGGACACGCGCUUCUUCUGGGAUCUGACCGACCAUAUUUUCCGCUUUGCGCCUGGGUAUGAUCCUGAAGACGAUUCCGAUAUGACAGGCUCUGGAAUCCACACAAUCAACGAAAAGGCCAGUGUGGCGGGUCAUAUCAACGCUGUCAAGUUCUUUGUGCUGUACAUUCGCAACCUAGAUGAGGCUGAUCUGUAA